AUGGCCAACGACGAGAAGGAAUUGGUCAUAGGAAUUGAUCUUGGCACAACAUACUCGCGUGUUGCAGUAUGGCAGCAACAAUACAAUAGGGUGGAGAUCAUCCAUAAUGACUACAGCAAUAACAUUACUCCUUCCUGUGUUGCUUUCAUGGACCAACAAAGGUUUAUAGGAGAUGUUGCUGCAGAUCAAGCUGUUAUUAAUUCAGAGAACACCAUCUUCGAUGCUAAGAGGUUGAUUGGAAGAAAAUACAGUGAUCCUUUUGUUCAAAAACAUAAAGUGAUGUGGCCAUUUAAGGUUGUUGCUGGUGUUAAUGACAAACCUAUGAUUUCUAUCAAGUAUAAGGGUAAGGAGAAGAAACUUUGUGCGGAGGAAGUAUUGUCUAUGAUCCUCUCAAAAAUGCGAGAUAUUGCAGAGACAUACAUGAAAAAGCCUGUGAAGGAUGCAGUGGUUACUGUACCCGCCUAUUUUAAUGAUUGUCAGCGCAGAGCCAUCAUUGAUGCUGGUGCUAUUGUUGGCCUCAAUGUUAUUCGUGUACUCAAUGAAUCUACGGCUGCAGCACUUGCAUUUGGUCUUGAUAAUAGAAAAGGUUGUGUUGGAGUGCGAAAUAUUUUUGUUUUUGAUUUUGGUAGUGGGGCAUUCCAUGCGUCUCUUCUUACUAUGGAAAAUAAUGUCUUUCAAGUUAAGGCUACUGCGGGAAACACCCAGGGAGGAGAGGACAUUAAUAACAAAAUGGUGAACUACUUUGUGAACAAGAUGAGAAGGAAAUAUAAGGUGGACAUAAGUGAAAAUCCACGAGCCUUAAUGAAGAUGAAAAGAGCUUGCGAAGGAGUAAAAAGGACUCUUUCGUAUGCCAUUACUACAAAGAUUGAGAUAGAUGGUUUAUUUGAAGGUAUGAAUUUGCAUUCUUCAAUGACCCGAAUGAAAUUUGAAGAAAUUAAUAUGGAGAUUUUUGACGAGUGUAUGGAGACUGUAAAUAGGUGUUUGAAGGAUGCUAAGAUGGACAAAAGUAGUGUGCAUGAUGUUAUUCUUGUUGGUGGUUCUUCUAGAAUUCCCAAAGUGCAGCAGCUGCUUCAAGACUUUUUCAAUGGCAAGAAUCUUUGCAAAAGCUUAAACUCUGAUAUAGCUGUUGCUUAUGGUGCAGCAGUUCAGGCUGCUUUGUUGAGUGAAGGCAUUAAGAAUGUUCCUGACUUCGUGUUGUUUGAUGUUACACCACUGUCAGUUGGAACGAGUGUUGCGGGAGAUUUCAUGAGUGUUGUCAUUCCUAAAAAUACUACUAUUCCGCUAAAGAGGACUAAAGUAUAUGAUACAGAUAAAGACAGAGAAACCUCAUCCAUUUUUAAGGUUUACGAGGGUGAGAGAACUAGAGCUAGGAAUAAUAAUUUGUUGGGUUCUUUUGUUAUUUCUGGCUUUCCUUGUGAAGUGACUUUUGCGGUAAAUGAAAAUAGUAUUCUAUCCGUUUUUGCUGAGGAUAAAGCAACCGGUAAUAGGAAUGAAAUAACAAUAGUCAAUGACACAGGAAGACUAACAACUGCAGAAAUUAGUAUAAUGAUUCAGGAAGCAGAGAAUUACAAGUCUGAAGACGAGAAGUUUCUUAGGAUUACCAUUGCAAAGAAUGAUUUAGAUGAUCUUGUUUACAAAAUCGAAAAGGCUUUAGAGAGAGAGGAUAUCAGCUCAAAGUUGAGCUCGAAAGAAAAGGAAGACAUCCGUUGUACAAUUUCUAGAGCUAUUAAUAUGUUUCAUCGUCUGCACCAAAUGAAAGAUGUGGUUGCUGUUGAAGACUGUCUCAAAGAACUUAAAACAAUCUUUGAACGAAUUAUGGUUGUGGAGAAGGUUCGUAAAAGAAAGAGAUCAUCAUAG